UUGUAAACACUUAUGUGCAGCUUCCUCAGGCUUCAGAAGUCGCUAGCGCGUUUGGACGGCGGCAAAUGUUUCUGUUCAGGAAGUCUGCCAUGCCAUAGUUGUAUUUAUGAACCGUACAGCUAUCAAGUGCAGUUUUAAAAUCUUUCUUGGCGUGUUCACAAGACCGCAGCGUAUCGUUUGCUACUUGCGCCAGUCUCCGUUAGCUUAGACAUCAGCUCGGCUCCCGCUGGUGUUUUUCUCUCGGACUUCCUGCUCCUCCUCAGCGCUGCCAUGGCGCUGUCGCUGGUCAACCUUUGUGCCCGGGAGGUGGUGAGUGACCACGGCUCGUCUCUGUGCUGGCUCCGGUGGGUACCGAGGGAGCUGUACGGAGCUCUGCUGCAGGCCGCUUUCUCCGGCUGCAGACCUCUGGCAGUCGGCGAGCUGGUGCACCGGUGGCCUGAGCGAAGCCUGAGAGUUGGGGGACCAUGGAAGCCCGGACAGAGAGCCCCGAAUAGGCUUUGUAUCCAGGCUCUGCUGCUGGCGGUGGUGAAGGGACUGACUGAUCCAAGAUGUGCUCUCAGAAUUCUGGACCUCUGUGGGCUGCAGGGUGACGAGGGGUCCAUGGGAGACCCUAUGGGUGGCUGGUCACUCACUGUAGCCCUCUGCAACAUGGUGGUCCAAGCCAGAGCUGGAGCUCAGAAGAGAGAAGGCGAGAGGGAGAGGAAAAGAUUCUCGGCUCUGGAGCGUGACAAGGAUGUGAAGAGAGAGAGAGGGAAGAGGCGAGAAGUUGACUGUGAUGAAGGAGAAUCAAAGGAAAUCAUCAUGGACGACAAAGAGAAGAGUGAAGAAGAAAUGAUGAAAGGAGUGAGGAGGAGGAUGGAGAUGGAGAGGAGAACAGGUGCUCCGGUGAUAAUGGUCGAAGAGAGCCGAGAGGAGAAGGAGGGGGAAGAUUUAGACAGUGGUGUGUUGGUGCACGUGAGAGCUGAUCUGUUUGUCAGCGCUCGCUCUUGGGAGCGUGUGCGGGUCGCCCUGAGCAGCACCGGGCCCCUGAAGCUGCAGUGCAGGUUCCUCAGAGUAGAGGAGAUCUCUGUGUCCAGCAUCAAAACUCUUCUGGGUCUCCUACCACAUCAGGUUCUCCUUGGAGUGGACGUACGCUACAGCAACCUCGGGGUGUCCGGCUUGGCCCAGUUGCUGCCGCUGCUCUCCACGUUUCCUCAUCUCCACUCGCUCCGCCUCCACUACUGUAACCUGGACUUUCACAGAGAGGACACGGGUCAGAGUGAAGCUCUGAGGGAACUGUCACAGGGAUUGUCUCAACUGAAGAGACUCAAGUGUCUCAGUCUGACUGCGCUGCGGUUACCUGGACAUCUGCGGGUGCUGCUCAGCUCACUGCCUCGGCCUCUGGAGGUCCUGGAAGUUCCCUACUUGAGGCUGAGUCCCUCCGACUUGGCCUACUUGUCCUGCAGCCAUCACGCCUCCUCACUGCAGCAGUUAGAUCUCAGUGAGAACCGGAUGGAUGGAGGAACAAUGAUCUGCAUGCGACGCCUGCUCUCCAAUGCCUCCGCCACGCUGCAGCAUCUUUCCCUGAGCGGCUGCGGCCUGACCGAUGACCUGCUGGCUCUGCUGAAGCCUUCCCUGGGCAGCUGCUCGGCUCUCAAGAGCCUGGCGUUCGCUCUGAACCCGCUCUCAAUGGCGGGAGUGUUGGACCUGGUGAGGAUGGCGGUCAAGAUGCCUUCUCUCAAGCAGCUGCUGUAUCCGAACCCCCUGGAGGACUACCAAGCCGGCCUUCCUGACCUGCCGUCCAGCGCACAGCUCCUGGACUGGCCUCUUGACGAAAGCACUGACACAAGCGCGACCAGCAGUCAGCUGAACCAGGUGCUGAUCGACAGCGGCCGCUCCGACCUCAUGCUGACCUGCGACCUCCUCAACUAUGAUAAAGACCUGUUGGACUGAACUAAAGGUCAUACAAUGACACAGGUGCUCAAGGAGCACCGUUGAGUGCAAGUGCUGACUUUUCUUAAAUUUGAAAACAAGUUAACAACCUUCAUCUUGUCUAUACUCGGCCUGUUACGUGUCACUAUUCAAUAGUCAAAUGAACUUAUUAUUUUUUGAUCUAUUGAAUUGAAACUCAUUUCAUCUUUGGGAUACUACUAAACAAGGAAAGGUUAUCCUGAUUUUUUUUUUUUUCAGAAAAAAAAGCUUACUGACGCUGAAGAUCUGCGCCUCCUAAUCUGAGGUUGUACCUAGAUCGAAAAAGGAGAUGUUAAUUAAAUGAAGGUAACGCAUCCGUGCCUCACGUGGAGCGAUAAGGCUAUGUUUAGGUCUUGACUGUGAGUGAGGAGAGCGUAAAGUGAGACUGAUCUGAGUGGCUUAAGCCGAACACCAGUUUAGAAGGUAGUUUUAUUUCAGUGAUCAGCUGAGACUCUUGAACAGAGCUGCUGUCUCCCCAUCUUGGAAAGAGGGACUUUUUUUCCCUACAGGAACGAUCUGAAAGGACCUGGAAUCACCUCGGCCAUGAAAAUGACUUCAGUAAUGGCUUGACUCUGAAUUGGAUACAUUUUGUUUUCGAACUAGUGUGACUGUCAUUCUGGUUGUUCAAGAUGAAAGUGUCACAUGGCAACAAGCUACAGAUAAGUGGUUGGUUAUUGAAAGAGCAGCUCAGCUAAGCUGUUAAGAGCUUUAAGUGGCCUUAGUCAGCAGACUUGGAGUGGAUGUUUCUGCAGAUGUUUUAUUUUACUUCUAGAAAUGUAAGUUUUGCUUUUUUUGUAUGAGGAUUGUGUUAUAUUUAUGCAAAAGACACAUCUUAAAUGAAUGUAACUCCGCCCAACUCUAUUGA